UGGGACAGCUGAAACAGCACCAAUGAUCUCUGCUCUGCGAGGCUUGGAUGCUGGGACAGACUAUUCUCACACAAAUGCCCCAAAAGACAGACGAGCCCUAGAAUGAUUGCUAGAAGAUUUUUUUUCUCACUAUUUUGAAAAUGAGUGUCAAAGCUGAUGGCUGCUUUUUAAAAAGACUUUUAAACCAUGCAUGAACACGUUGAUAGAGAAAAAAUAACGUUUUAUACGGAUCAUUUUUGUGUAUACUUUUUUACGUUAAUGCCGAAAUUGAUUAUUUAUACGAGACAUGUUGCCAUGAUAUUGACGGACAAGAGGAAAUUGGUCUUUUUUGCUUGAGCAUCCAAGUCAGAGGAAACGCCACUUCUUUGCUGACGACGGCUGCCUCAAGAUGAGUGGUCAACGAGCCCUCACCUAUCUGCGGAUAUUUGGGACCACAAUGUUUGGUGUUUCCCUCCUGGUGGGCAUCUCCACAGCAUACAUCAUGGGCUACCAGUUCUUCACCACUGCCCACAAUCAUCUGUCUUUUGGACUGUACGGGGCCAUCUUGGUUGUCCAUCUCCUUAUCCAGAGCAUCUUUGCACUCUUAGAACACCGAAAUAUGAAGCGGUCCUUAGAGACGCCAAUUAAACUGAAUAAAUCUUUAGCCCUAUGCAUUGCAGCAUAUCAAGAGGAUCCGAACUACCUGAGGAAAUGCCUGGUGUCAGUAAAGAGGUUGACGUACCCUGGAAUCAAAGUCAUCUUGGUGGUCGAUGGAAACUCAGAGGAUGACUUGUAUAUGAUGGAAAUUUUCAAAGAAAUCAUGGGAUGGGACAAAGUUGCCACAUAUGUGUGGCGGAGUAACUUUCACAGCAGGGGGCCAGAGGAGACAGAUGAGAGCUACGCUGAGAGCCUUCAGCAAGUCUCUAGACUGGUCUUAAACAACAAGUGUGUGUGUGUCAUGCAGAAAUGGGGAGGCAAGAGAGAAGUCAUGUACACAGCCUUUAAAGCGCUUGGAAGGAGCGUUGACUAUGUACAGGUGUGUGACUCUGACACUAUGCUGGAUCCAGCAUCAUCAGUGGAGAUGGUAAAGGUUCUUGAAGAAGACCCAAUGGUGGGUGGUGUCGGAGGUGAUGUGCAGAUUCUAAACAAAUAUGAGUCGUGGAUCUCCUUCCUGAGUAGCGUCCGGUACUGGAUGGCUUUCAACAUUGAGCGGGCUUGCCAGUCUUACUUUGGCUGUGUACAAUGUAUCAGCGGACCAUUAGGAAUGUAUCGAAACUCACUCCUGCACGAGUUCCUUGAGGACUGGUACAAUCAGACCUUCAUGGGAUCCCACUGCAGUUUUGGGGAUGACCGCCACCUCACAAACAGAGUUCUGAGUCUUGGGUAUGCAACCAAAUACACUGCACGGUCCAAGUGCCUAACAGAGACACCGAUCACAUACUUGCGGUGGCUAAAUCAACAGACUAGGUGGAGUAAGUCCUAUUUCCGGGAAUGGCUCUACAAUUCCAUGUGGUUCCACAAACAUCAUCUUUGGAUGACCUAUGAGGCUGUGAUUACUGGGUUCUUCCCAUUCUUUCUCAUUGCCACCGCCAUCCAACUCUUCUACCAAGGAAGACUUUGGAAUAUUUUAUUGUUUCUUCUUAUUGUCCAGGCAGUGGCACUGAUCAAAUCGACAUUCGCCAGCUGCCUCAGAGGCAACAUUGUGAUGGUGUUUAUGUCCUUUUAUUCUGUACUGUACAUGUCAAGCCUGUUGCCAGCCAAAAUGUUUGCAAUAGCAACAAUCAACAAAUCUGGAUGGGGCACCUCUGGGAGGAAAACAAUCGUGGUGAACUUCAUUGGUCUCAUUCCAAUAUCAGUUUGGUUCACCAUCCUCUUCAUUGGGUUCAUAUACACUACAAUCCUGCAGACUAAAAAAACCUUUCCUGAAUCAGAAAUCCUCAUUCUGAUCAUUGGGGCGGUCGUCUAUGCUAGUUAUUGGGUGAUACUGCUGACUUUGUAUGCAGUGCUCAUAAACAAGUGCGGUAAAAGGAAGAAGGAAACACACUACGAUAUGGUACUGGACGUUUGACUUUGCCUUCAGUAUGUACCACUCAAUGCCUUAAGGGACAUUCUGAUAAGAUGCGCAUCUCUGGAGUUUGUGUUGAGUUAAACUGCAAUGGGCUGAACCAAAAAUCUCAAACUUGAAUGACAACAAUACAAAAUUGACUGUCGCCAUGCAUUCGGUAGCACCACACCGUUCAUAAUUAUUGGACAACACUAUAAUUGAUCGUGCCUAUUUAUAUGUUCAAUAACAACUUGUAUAGGUUUGCAAUCAGUGCACAAGAUGACCCAGUAUGACAAGAGGAAGCAUUUUCAGUAAGCGUGUAUGGCUUUGAAUGGAUAGCUACCUCUUACACUUGUCAUAUCUCAUCCAAAGAAACUGUCGAUACUGCUCAUUAAGGUUUUUCCUAACCAUUAGGAACUCCAGAGGAUAACUAUGCAAGACUUUGUUUACCUCAGGGGUGUCAAACUCAAAAUAAACUGACGAAUCACUCGUCUCCAAAUCAGACAAGUAAAAACGGGUCAAAUAUUUUUAAAAAAAUAUAUUAAAAGUGAAGACAAUUUGCAAUUCUAAUAAUGACACACGAAUUUGAUGCACAAUUUGUCUUCGCCGGCCACAUAAUGAGUUUCGGCCCUGAGUUUGACACCUGUGGUUUACCUUAACUGAAAAAGUGAAAUAACAAAGUACCAAUCAGCAUCUGGCAGGUUGCUUUCUACAAUUAGCAUUGAACUUAUCUUUGGCAAUGUAAACAGAACUUAUUGCUAUCAUUUGUGAGCAGCUAUUGUCAAACAAAAUAAUAUUUCGAAUGGUGUGUGUGGAACUGUUUUUGUCAUCCAUUUCUACAUUGUUGUUUCAGAGGCUCUAUAUUGCUGUACCUUGAUGGUAUCUUUUAAAUAUGAAAGGCUGCAAAACAACAAUGAAAUGGAAUGCUGCUUUCUUUUAUUGAUUUCAAGUCAUAUGAGGACAAUCCUGUGAGAAAUUCUGAAAAAAAAACUAAUAAUGUUCAUCAAAAAUCUCUUGAAAAAAACGUGUGCAUGCUAGUUAUCAUUUGUUUGUUAAAUGAACCCCCCAAAAAUAUUCUCUACAAAUGACUCACGUAGAAGUAGCAAUGGGAAUUGAUAAGAAUUUAGUGGUUCCAUUUUUGAUACUGCUUAACAAUCUGAUUCCGUAUCCAUUCUCUUAUCAAUUCUCAUUGGGCGAGGGAAUGAAAUAAUACAAACCAUCUAUAUCAUUGGUCACCCCAUGCCUGCCGAAUCCCGAAAAUUUGGUUCUGCACGAGUUAUUCAGUUAGGGUUAACCCCCUGCCGUGGAUUACAAGCGUCCAACGCAAUAUCGCUGGUUAAUAAUAAUAAUAAUAAUAAUAUUAGAAGAAGAGAAUUCUAUAAGAUAUAUCACAACAAUCUUUCUAUUCCUACUUACAAGUAUUGUUGAGAAACCCAUAUGACUUGAAUUCAGUAUUUUUCUGUAAGUUUACAAAGUGAAGAAUCUCAAACUGAUCAUUGAUUGGUAGGUAUAAUUUCCACCAAAUCAAGUGAAAAUGUGACCAGAAGAGAGACUGUGUAUCAUUGCUGCUGUGACAAUCUUAUCUUUUUCCAGAAACAAUGAAUUGUGUUUUAAAAUGAUUUUAUAUUGACAGUGGGUUAAACACUAUAUUGUUGCUUUAGACCAGGGGUGUCAAACUUAUUCUUGUUUGUUCGGGGGCUGCAUCAUAGUUUCCUUCUGAGGGCCAUUAUGAUGGUCAACCCCAAUAAAUGUAUUAAUGUUUCAUAUACAGUAUAGGCUACACGACAGACUGAUAAAGAAAUAGUUUUGAAAUCAGAGAGUAGUAAAACUGUUCAAAUUUUAAAAAAGAUGAAUGGUAAUAGAAAUUGCCUCUAUUUUUUUAGACAAUUUGCAAUUUUUGCAUUGACACAUAAAAUCGAUGCACGAUCUGUUUUUGCGUGACAAAUAUAAUGACACUGAGGGCCAAAUUUGGUCCGCGGGCCAGAGUUUGACACCCCUGCUUUAGACCUUUAAAUUUCAUGAAAAUCACCAAGAAAACAACCUUUUCUAAUCUAAUGAUGUUGUGAAUCAUGCCUUCAUGCCCUUGUUCCCUUCCUUUCAUCAUGUGACCUUUCGUUAAAAGUGUCCACUCCAGGAUGGUAUUAAAUCUUUUAUUAGUAAUAGAUUGAGCGUGUGUUGGUUCUGGGAUUCAGUGGGCAGUGGUGUGGGAUCAAACAAAUGACAACCGUAACCAAAGUACCUAACGUGAAUAACUGAUGAAAUUAAAGUGAAUAAGGGCACUUGCAUGAAGGGAAACAGAAUUCCGGAAUGAAAUGUUUGCUGUAGUAAAGCCAGAUGAAGUUUGAGUUGAACUCUUAUGCACUUUUACAGUAUGUCUCUCCCAUCGUCCUUUGUAAUGGCAUAAUCGAGAUGAAAUACCUCAGUGGUUUUCCAUGCAGGAUGCCAUUCAUAGAUUAAUGCAUUUAAAAGGGUUUAUGUAAUUUAUGAUCUGUUUUUUUAAAUAUAAAAGUGGCCUUUUUUAUAUGGAGUUUAAAGAUAGAUUACUCUGCCUUGUUGGUCUUUUGCUGUACCUGUUGACUUGUUUUUUUUGCCCUGUAUUUCUGUGCAUUUUGUAUUUAGUGUAUAUAUAAAGCAUAUACUACCACUCAAAGGUUUUGAUACAUUUUCUAAUGAGAAACUGUCCUAGUCCUUUUGACCAGUAUUGUAUAUGCAUUUUUUUUUUAAUUACAUUUUAUGCUUUCUAUUCAUGUUUUGUAAAAGAAUAUCUAUUUUGUGCUUUCAACUGUUCCGGCAUUGACUUGUUUAUCUGACCAAACAAUGUGAAAAUAUGAGCUGGGGAUUUUGUCUGCAAUAACAGCAAUACAAAUGCAAUUUGGAGGGGUAAGUUAUUGAUUUCAUGAGAGAUGAUGAACCUGUGAUUGUGUAUAAAAUCUUCAUAUUUAUAUUACAGCAUUAUGUUCCAUGUUAAAUGUGCUUAGUAGUAAGGUUGAGAAGGUACAACACAAAAUGAGAGAAUCAUUUUAGAUUGUAUAUUUUAUGUUGAAUUUUUACACUUAUUUCUAUUAAACGGUUAGACAGUGACGGUUUGAAGGCUUCCACGAGACAAAACAUAACACUGAUCAACAGCAAAUGAUAAUCAGAGAUGGCUUUAUUUGUCCUAAACAUAUUUUGACGCUGAUUUAAAAAAAAUCUAUUUUUUUCUAGCACAUCAGGUUCUUUGGGGAUAACCUAACCCGUCGAUUCAACCAUUUUCUGAACUGCUUUUCUUCAUGAGGGUUAGGGUGAACCGAACCCUUAAAUCAUAAAUAUUCUUAAAUAUAUUAUUAUUAUUAUUAUUAUUAUUAUUAUUAUUAUUAUUAAAACCUAAUGUGCUCGAGAAAAAUGAUUCCGAAUCAAAGCAAAAAAAAAAUCUAGAAUAGUUUCCUUUCAUCACUGAUUAAAAAGAAAUGUUGACCGGUGCAAUUAGACGAAUUUGUUGGCAUCAGUGAAAUUAUGUGAUUUAUUUAUGCUUACGUCAGUGACAAAUUUGGUGAAUGCUCUGUUAAGCCAGUGCAGACAGAAACAUGUCAACAAAGUAAGAAAAAAAAAAAGCAUUUGCAGGUUAAUUUCAGUACAAAAAUUAUGUUGUAAGGUGAAUAAUUCUUUAUGGAACAAAAAAGAAAUACACAUUAUUUUUACAAUUAGAAGGUUUGGUGUUAUUCCAACUAAACACAAGUUCAUUUUCAUGCCUGACUAGUCAUGGGCAGGUGUUAUUUACUAAGCACUUUUUUGUUGUGCCAAAUAAAACAUUAUGAUUCAA